AUGUACAUUUAAUUCUCGUUUAAUAGUAUCUCAUCAAUGUUUUAAGGAUGAUUUUCGUUUUCACGAGGUAUAUUGUAAUAGCUCUGGACAAGCAUUAAAUGUCGCGAUAGUUUUUGAGAGAGAAUUUAACUUUCGGGUGCCUGAUUUGUGAACAUUUGUAUAAGUAAAAUUAAACACUCGAUAAGAAAUUAGCUAAAUAUGAUCUCUACAAAGCUGCAUUAAUAACAGUAAACGUGACAUUUGCAGGUGAUAUAUUACGUGGGACGCAUUUGGGAAGAUACAUUCUGUACUGCUGUUAAAUAAAGGAUGGAGAUUUAUAGUAUAUUGAUACUAUUUAGCAUUUUUCAUAAUGUAAAAGGAAAGGUUAUUACACCAUGCCCGUGCAAAUAUGAUCAUAUAGGUCGUAUUGCGGACUGCUCGAGUUUGAGACUUACUAGUGUUAUAAAAAUUAUCAAGUGUGUACCAAACACAACGAUAGACCUUAUUGUUAGCAAUAACGAACUUAUUUCAAUACCUGAUGGCACAUUUUUACGAUUGCCAUUAUUGAGGUCUUUAAACUUGGACCACAACAAAUUUGAAAAAUUAACAAAUGAUACGUUUUUAGGAUUAUCGAAGCUAGACACCUUAGUGUUAAGUCAUAACGCACUGAAACAUUAUGAUUCUUUCCCAGCCGGCUUGUUUAAACCGCUUCAUAAUUUACGCCGGCUUAGUCUACAGGGGAAUUGCAAUAUCAGAGCGUAUCAAUGUUUUUAUCCGGAUAAAGCUUUGUCUUUCGCUCCCACUCUUCAGUAUUUACAUCUAGAUGGUAUUCCGAACACAAACCUAGGACUAGGAUUUUCAUACUUGAAACAGUUAAAUUAUCUGUAUUUUAGUGACGAUAAUGGUUUUUGUUAUUUACCAACUCUAACAGAGGCUACAUUUAGUGUUUUCAAGAAUAGCCAUAUCUCUCAUUUGAAAAUUGAGUCAUGUGAUAUAGUGAAUUUGACACCGAAUGUAUUCCGUUGGAUGCACAACUUGACAACUUUGAUCAUCACAGGUUGCAAAAAGCUGUGUUCAGACAGUAUUGAAAAUGCAACUAUUGGAUUGAAUGAAACGCAAAUUCUAACUAUAAGGUUUAAUUAUUGGUGUAGACAUCCCCCAUAUUUCCCACUUCUAUCAAAGAAUAAUUUUCAAAGUCUGACAAGCACUUCAUUAAAACAUCUUGAUUUAGGUUGGAAUAACAUUUAUUAUAUCGACCCGAGCGUAAUUAAAAAUCUUCCAUUAUCAAUUGAAUAUAUAUCUUUAAAAGAAAACAGUAUCACAACUGCAAAGUUUUUAAAGAAAUUGGUCCGACUUGUGAACCUUAGGACGCUUGACGGAAGCUAUCAAAAUCACUUUGAUCUGAGUGUAAAUCCGAAUAAACAUAUGAAACAAAAUUCAAUUAUAUCAAGCCAAAAUGUAUAUUUACCAAGUAGCAACAGUAAGGCAAUUUACAAUCAUUCAAACAGUGAAAACCUCUUCGAAGACCUUGUAUAUUUACCCCGAAACUUGGAUACGUUGUACAUUAAUAAUAUAAAACUCGGAUAUCCCGUACCUUCCUUAAGGUUUGCACAGAACAAACUGAGAUACCUUAGAGCCUCUAGCUGCAUGUUAACAGCGUUUCUAGGACCUUGGUAUGGUCUUCAUGACCUUAAAUAUAUGGAUUUGUCGCAUAAUAGAUUCGGAUAUAUUCAUCCUUUGUCUUUCAUUGAUGCGAUGAAUUUGUCGGUCCUCCUCUUGCAACAGAACGAGAUUGGUAAAUCAAUUCUACAAGAUAAGAAUGGGAAAACAUUUUCAAGUCUUAACAAGCUUACUCAGCUUGAUCUGAGCAGUAAUGAAAUAAAAGAUUUGCCAUAUCACAUAUUUAAAGAACAAAUUAACCUGAAAAACCUUUCACUGGCAAACAAUGGUCUCAAAAAUAUCAGCUUUAUGAUGAAUUCUAUGACUAACCUACGUUUCCUCAAUUUAUCUGGUAACGAAAUUGAAUACAUGUCUGAACAAAACAUGAUAUUCCUGGACCGCAUAGCUAGAAAUGUAGAAUUCUUUUUAGAUUUAUCUGAAAACAAUCUCGCUUGCACCUGUAAUAAUUUCAAAUUUAUUGAUUGGUUAGCAAAAACAAACAUAAAUAUCAUUCGGAAAGAUAAGCUAACUUGUUUAUACAUAAACCAAACCUUCAUCAGUUUAUCACAACUCCCAGUUAUAAGAGAGAACCUGAAAUAUGAGUGCACGUCAUGGAUAGUUGUGACAUCAUGCGUCAUCGGCUUUAUAUUUUUGUUGCUUAUUUUGUCUCUCAUUGCAUUGUUAUACUAUAAACGCUGGCAACUUCGAUAUCUAUGGUAUAUAGGGAGGUUGAAAAUGGAUCCCUACAAUUAUCCCGAUGACCAAGAACAACCACUUCUACAAAUAGACGCUUACAUUUCAUACGAUCUGCACUAUGAUGUCACAGAUGAAAUGUCACUGCACCGUAUUAUAGCAGAUCGUUUGUACCCUUACUUUCAGCAGCGAGGUUAUGCUUUAAAGAUCCGAGAGGAAUUUGAUGGUUAUGAGCGUUUAUAUAAAGUAAUUCCUGAAACUGUAAGGAAAAGUCGCAAAGUGGUUGUUUUUCUAACACCAACAUUUUGUGAUGAUUAUUGGAAUAUAUUUGAGUUUAACCUUGCAGCUUACGAAGGAAUUUACAAGACACGGGACGUGAUUAUACCGGUUUUGCUAGGAGAUGUUUCAGAGAAAAAUUUUACGCCUGAAAUAAGGUCUUUUGUAAAAACAAAACUGAGAUCAAAUGAAGUAAUCCGUUACCCAUUAUCUGACCGUGAUAAUAACUCAUUUAUGGAACAGCUUGAGUCUUUGAUAAGACAUUGAAUUGAUGCAAUUGGAAUAUAUAUAUUGAUCUUGACUAAAGACAAACACAGGGAAGACAGUGAUAUCGUCAAACUUAAAUUAAUUUCCAGAAAAAGGACAUCAGUUAUAGAGUGAUUAAGUCGCUAGUUUUGAGUCCUUUAACUCUUACACCUGUUGAUUCGCAUCCUAACAGAAGCUGAUGAUUCUCUCAAGUAAAGUGGAUAUAAAUAAUGUCUAAAAGAUUGUUGUUCUCGCGCGUGCCUGACAAAACCAAAAAAUAUCCAAGGGUCCUCGAGGUCUUCAUUCUCAGUAUGACCUUAUAUUGUCAAUGACCGUUUACGAGUAUUAACUUAAAACAAAACUUAUCAUUUCAAUACAGUGUGCAAAUUUUCAGUGUUUAAUAUUUUAUUGUAUCUAACUUUGAAAUGUAGACAUUAGACGUGAAUAAAUAAUAAAAUUUCAAAACUUUA